AUGGAAGGAGACAUUUUGGUGAAACCUGUUGAAAAUAUCCUUUUACAGAAGGAUAUUUGUGCCAAAACUGUGGUUAAAUUAGAAAGGUUAAAAAGGAAGUUAGGGAUUUGUGAAUUAACUGACUUAAAGCAGUUAAUGACACUUGUCACAGGCAACGACUAUAUUGUGCCCUAUUUAACCAUUCCUGAUCAUGUGUUGGAAGACAUCAUUCUACACCUUCCGUGUUUCGAUAUCACUGAUUUUUGCUCUUCCCUCAAUUGCCUAACCUUCAACGGUUACUUUUUGAUAUCUCUUAUGAUUCAAUUAACCAUGUCUCAAGAUUCUGGGAAAAAGAGUGCUGCCGGUCUCAAAACUGUCAAGAAUGCCCAUGGUGUAAAAUUUCUUGGGUUGAAACCCUCAUCAUCCACACCAUCAAGAAUCACGCGUUCUUCUGCUACCUUUGUCUCUCCCGAAUCAUCUGGGCCAGCAAGAAAGACAAGAAGUAUGAGAAUCAAGUAUGUUGUCAAGAAAGGCACUGGGAAAACUACAAGUGUUCAGGAUAUUUCUGAUGAUUCCCUGUCUGAUCACAAUGUUGAUGUUGAUCGAGAAGAAAUUGUGUCCAAAGCUGAAGCAACUCAAGUCAUCCAUGAUGUGUUGGAGACUCUUGCUGAUGAAGGUCGUGAUUCUGAAGGAAAUUCACAAAAUUCUGAUGGAGAGAAGGGAAAUAACUCUGAUGUAGGAAGGCAUGAAUCUUCUAGUGAGAAGACUCCCUCUGCUGAGAUCCUAGUAGAGAAAUCUCCUCAACCCGCUUCCAAGAAAGGAAAAGAAAAAGUGAUUGUUGACUAUGAAGUAGAGGACUCUGAUGAUGAAACUCUGAUCAAGAAAGUCUCUGUCUCUGCAAGUGCUGUAAAGAAGGCUGCUAUUUCUUCAAGCAAGAAGACUGCAGAUAAAAAGAAUAAAAAUGCAAAGACUCCCAAGACUUAUAGAAGUUCUCAGGUCCAAGUUCCUGAGAAGAAGAAAAAGAUAGGAAAGAAAUGUGAUGCUUCUACUGGGAGAAAAAGGAAGUAUGUGUCUAAUUCUGAGUCAGAUGUCGAGCCAGAUGUUCCUGACAUCUCGACCACUGCUAGGAAGAGGAUGAAGGGAAGGAGUAUUCCAUCAAAUGUGCCUGAUGCACCAGUGGAUAAUGUGUCCUUCCACUUUGCAGAUUCUGCACAGAGGUGGAAAUUUGUGGUUCAAAGGAGGAUAGCUAUUAAAAGAGAACUUCAUGAAGAUGCCUUGGAACUCAAGGAAAUUGUGGAGGUCCUGAAUGCUGCUGGGUUAAUGAAGACUGUCAAGGGUCUUGGCAGAUGUUUUAACAACUUGGUAAGGGAGUUCAUUGUAAACAUUCCUUCUGACUGUGAUGAUGAAUCAAGUGAUGAGUACAGGAAAGUCUUUGUGAGGGGGAAGUGCAUCAAUUUUUCUCCUGAAGUUGUGAAUGAGUUUUUGGGGAGAAGUCCUAGUGCUGUGACUGAGGAGGAGCCAAAUUUGAACAGGAUUGCUAACACCCUUACUGGGAAGCUGGUUAAAAAAUGGCCCACAAAAGGUUUGCUCCCAUCUGGAAAGCUGACAGCCAAAUAUGCUGUGUUAUACAAAAUUGGCACUGCAAAUUGGAUGGCAACUAACCAUAUGUCCGGUGUGACUCCACUUUUGGCCAGAAUGCUCUAUUUGGUUGGAACUGGUGGUGAGUUUGAUUUUGGUAAGUUGGUUUUUGAGCAGACUCUCAAGCAUGCUGGAUCAUUUGCUGUGAAGUUGCCUAUGCUGUUUCCAUGUCUUCUUUCUGAGCUUAUGGUUCAUCAACAUCCUGACAUUCUGCGAUCCAAUGAGCCUCAAGGUAAGAAGCCUCUGCCUCUGAAAUUUGAUUAUCGCUUGUUUGCUGGGACACAUGUUCCAGACAUCUUGCUGUCUGCUGCAAUGGGAACUACAAGUGUUGGUGGUUCUACGGCACCUAGCUCUAACAAGGAGGAUAUUGUGGCUGAAUUGAGAGAAAUUUCCAAGACCUUGCAUGAUACAAUCCUGGCAAGCAAAGUGAGGAAGUAUAAUGUUGAUCAACUGAUUAAGACUUUGACUAAUGCACCGGGGGAUGCUGAGAAGGAUACAGAUGAUGCUGAGGUUGCGGAUCUUGGAGUUGAUGAUGACAAUGUUGAAGGAGAAGAGGAUGUAAUGUAUGCCACUGCUGAUGAAGAGGAAGCAGAAGAGGACAAUGACAAUGAGGAAGAGGAUGUCACUGGCUCUACCAGCUCUCCUACUCACAGUGCAUCUCUCUGA